GUGGCGACAGCGGCGACAGCAAGCGCGUGAGGAGCGACGGGCGUGGCGAGGAACCUUCGCGCGUGUUGCACAUCCGCAAGCUUCCCGAAGGGGUGAGCGAAGCGGAGGUGAUCUCGCUCGCCCUGCCGUUCGGCAGGGUCUCCAACAUCCUCAUGCUCAAAGGCAAGAAUCAGGCCUUCCUGGAGAUGGGCUCGGAGGACGCCGCCGCCACGGCUGUGAACUUCUACUCGUCCGCUCCACCCAUGCUGCGUGAACAGCCGGUGUUUGUUCAGUUCUCUACGUACCGUCAACUCACCACCGACUCCUCCGCCUAUCAAGCCAAGGCACAGGCUGCCAUCCAGGUGGUGAACGGCGUGGGCCUAGGCGAGAUGCAGGGCGAGGGGAUGGCCCUUGGGCCCGUCCUGCACAUCAUAGUGGAGAACCCUCACUACCCCGUCACGCUGGACGUACUCUACCAGCUGUUCUCUAAGUACGGCUCCGUCAUCAAAAUCAUCAUCUUCACGAAGAACAAUCAGUUCCAGAGCCUUAUGCAGUUUGCUGAACCACACCAGGCACUGCAGGCUAAGCAGACGCUGGACGGCCAGCACAUCUACAAUGGCUGCUGUACCCUCCGUGUGGGCUUCUCCAAGCUCACCUCGCUCAACGUCAAGUACAACAACGAGAAGAGCCGCGAUUACACACGCUCCGACCUGCCCAGCGGGGGACAGCCGGGCCAACUCGGCGGAGGAGGAGGAGGCGGAGGAGGAGGCGGGGGGGGCCUCGGGAUGGGCCUAGGCCUAGGAGGAGGAGGCUUGGGCCUAGGCGGAGGAGGAGGAGGAGGCUUGGGCCUAGGCGGAGGAGGGAGGAGGAGGAGGACCUUCAUCAUGGUCUCUGUGGGCGUGUCCCCCCGUGUCUGCAUCGCCUCAGCGAUGUCUCAAAUGCCAAUGGGGUCCUCCAUGGCCAUGGGGCUCCCUCUGAGCGGACAAACUCCACUGCUGGAUGGAUCCGUGACCAGCCCGGUGCUGCUCGUCAGUAACCUGGACCCAGAGAUGAUCACUCCUCAAAGACUCUUUAACCUGUUUGGAGUCUACGGGGAUGUCCAAAGGGUGAAGAUUCUCUUCAACAAGAAGGACACAGCCCUCAUUCAGAUGGCAGACGCCAGUCGCGCACAGCUGGCCAUGACGUUCCUCAACGGGCAGCGGAUGUACGGCAAGCCAUUGCGCAUUGCUUCUUCGCGAUUCCACACGGUGCAGCUGCCCAAGGAGGGCCCUGACGAACUGACCAACGACUUCACCUCCUCCGCCCUGCACCGAUUCAGCAAACCGGGGAGCAAGAACGCCCGGCACGUGGGGCCUCCGUCCGCCACGCUGCACAUCUCAAACAUCCCGUCCAACGUUACGGAGCCCGACCUCAAGACGCUCUUCAGCAGCACCGGCUCCUCCAUCGCCGCCUUCAAAUUCUUUGCGAGCGAUCGCAAGAUGGCCCUGAUCCAGAUGUCCUCUGUAGAGGGCGUUGAGGCGCUGACGGAGAUCCACAACUUCAGCCUGGGUGAAGACCGCCUGCUCAAAGUGUCCUUCUCAAAGUCCACCAUCUGACACGGGGCACAGUGG